AUGCAACUGAUUGAUUUGCACAAACCCCUUACAAAAACACUGUCUUAUAUCGCGCUGAGGUUUGGCGGAAAAACAAUUCAAAUUUAUCAGGAGUUAACCAAAAUGAGUGCAGAUGAUUUCGAUGAACUAAUUACGGAAACAUCAAGGAACAUUAACGAGCUGAUAAUGCUGUCCAACUCUAAAAAAUGUGAUGCAGAAGAAUUUGAUGAGUUGCUACGGUCAUUCCUUCCUAGUCAAAACCUUGGUGAUAGGUCAAUUCAUCUGACAAAAUUUCGUACAAAAGUUGCCGUAGAUAUACUGUCAAAAACCUCGGUUUUCGUAAAUCUUGUGUCAAUUUAUCGAGAAUUGGGAAGAAUGGCUAUUCCUUUGAGUUUUUUAACAUUAAAUCCACUUCCCGUUGAUAAAUGGGUCCUCAAACUUAUCGACUUCCAACAAUUUUUGUCAAAUUAUAUGACCGUCAGCAUAAGCUUUACACGGAAACUGAUCAAAUCUGAUAUAUAUUUGACAGAAGUACGGCGUAUAUUAAAUGCUACCAACACCAUGAAAAUGUCCGAGCUUGUACGAUCAUUAAUGGAUCACAUUAUCUCUGGAUUGAAUACUGCAUUAAUUUAUGAAAAUGAGUUUAUUACACAAAGGCUUAAAGAUUAUGGUCUACGUGAUAUUUUAUCGCGUUGUACUUGUCGUGAUCCAAAAAUUAAGUUGGCCAUAACCAUUUUUUUAACGUUUACCUACACUGAUAUCAGUCAACUUCAUCUAAAGGAAGAAUCCAUUGAGUUAUUCUUAAACUGCUUUGAUUAUUUUAUAGAUGAAGGAAUUGAAAGUGAUGAUUUGUUUAGUGCCUUUCAGUUUAAUAAAGUGCUACGUAUUUUGGCUUUGGAUGGUGAGAAUAGAAAUAAGUUUGCCCAGCGUGAUGUUGUGGGACGCCUGAAGUUGUUGCCGAAAUCUUUAUCUCAUGGUACAGAUGAAAUAUCAUUGACUACACGCAUUUUAUCCUCGAAACUUUCAAAUGACGAUGCUAUCAUGGAGAUAAAGUUACUUGCGAUGGAAUUUUGCAACAAUGCGAUUGGAAUAGAAGAUGAAGUUAAAACGUUCACUGAAAGCUAUAGUGAUGAUGAAUAUAUACCUCAAUAUCCAUCGUCUCAAAAUGAAACUGAUGACGUAGAAUGUAGUGAAGUAAUAAAAGAAAAACCUCAAUUGAAUGGUCAUAUUAUGAUUAGCUACAGUCAUGAUGAUCAGGAGAUAGCGAUUAAGAUUAAAGAAAGGCUUGUGGAGGAAGAUAUCAAGAUUUGGAUUGACAAAGAGCACAUGGUCCAAGAUGUUAAGAUAUUAGAUGCUAUGGCAAGCGCUGUACAAAAUGCUGCAAUUGUAUUAAUACUUUUUUCUAAAUCAUACCAAGAUAGUGAAAACACUAAAGCAGAAGCGGAAUAUACUCGAAAACUAAAAAAACCGUCUAUUUUUCUGCGUGUUGAGCGAGGAUUUGUUCCAGACUCUUGGUUGGGCUUCAUGAUUGGUGAAAGUCGUUAUAUUGAUUUUUCAGGGAAAUAUCCUUUUGAAGAAAAAUUUGAAGAACUAUGCACUACGAUUAGUAAUAUUAGUCGAGGAUCGAUCACUGUGAAAUGUGAGAAACCAGUGGAAAAUAAACCAAAUACAUGCGUUUCAAUGUAA